CUCUGAUUGCCUUGUUCCCCUUAUCCCAGUGGUGCCCUCCUUGCCGUAUGCUGCUACCAGAGUGGAGAAAAGCCUCUAGAUCACUGGACGGGACUGUCAGCUUUGGCACUGUGGACUGUACCAUCCACAAUGUCUUGUGCAACAAAAUGAAUAUCCACUCGUACCCAACCACAGUGUUCUACAACCAGAGUGUGCCUCACUUCCUGAGUGGGAUGCACCAGGCAGAUGAGCUGGUCGAGUUUGCACAGGAUACACUGCGACCCCCUGUGAUUAUCCUGACCUCCGACAACUUUGUGCCGCUGAUCGGAGACCGCGGAGAUGACGACAUGUGGCUGGUGGACUUCUAUGCGCCAUGGUGUGGGCCCUGUCAAGACCUUGCACCUGAGUGGAGAAAACUUGCUAAGACCAUGCAGGGUAUAGCCAACGUUGCCCAGGUGGACUGUGAUAGAUACCACAGUCUGUGUACCAGUCAGAACAUCCACAGUUACCCUACCAUCCGCCUCUACCCUCCUACCUACACAGGGACAAGCUACUUCAAAAAAUACCCCAACCACUGGUGGAGGAACGUGGCAUCGUUCCGUACAUGGAUCUUCCAGCACCUCCCCAGUAAGACCCCCGAGCUGAGCCAUGCAGAGUUCCAGAAGAGAGUACUACAGGGCCAGGAUGCCUGGGUGAUUGACUUCUUCACACCAUGGUGUAGUCACUGCCAGGUCUUCGCUCCAGAGUUCGAAAGAGCUGCUAGGCUAGGUGAUGGAGUUGCCCAUUUUGGGAAGGUGAACUGUGACAUGUACUCGGACCUGUGUCAGCAGGCUUGGGUCAGGGCCUACCCAACACUACGUUUCUACAAACCCAACAUUGAAGGAAAACAAAAAAAUAUUUUUGGAGAAUCUAUAAAUAGUCAGAGUGCAGAGUAUAUUGUGAACUAUUUAAAACAGAAAGUUGGAAACCGCAGGUUACGGGAUGAACUAUAAUGCAGGGUCCACGCCAUUUAGAAGAUUAUCUUGCCUGAAAAAUGCAGAGUCUAUGAUGUCAUCGCAGAAAUCAUGAUGUCACCACAGAAAUCAUGAUGUCACCACUGAAGCUAUGAUGUCAUCACUAAAGCUAUGAUGUCACCACUAAAGCUAUGAUGUCACCAAAGAAUCCAUGAUGUCCCCACAGACUCCUUGAAAUCAUCACAGAACCUAUGAUGUCACCACAGACUCCAUGAUGUCAUCACAGAAUCCAUGAUGUCACCACAGAAUCUAUAAUGUCACCACAGAAUCUAUGAUGUCACCACAGAAUCCAUGAUGUCAUAUUUCUUUCUUCAAAGCAAUGAUGUCAGUAUGCCAUAAUCCAGAUGCAAUUAUAGAAUUAUUAACAGAUAUUUCUUUCAUCAUUGUGUCAAGUGCCUUUAGAUUUUCCUUUACUUAGUAGCUUUCUUAAGCAAUAAAAUUACAUGCUGAAUUCUUUCAAAAUCAUUUUAAGGUAGCUAAAAGCUGGACAUGAGGUUGUUUUAGAAAUGUGCCAUACAAAGUGCAAGAAUUGCAGAUUGUGUACUAGUUAUAAUGAUUAGAGAUAUGACAUUACUCUUGCAGUACUUGACAAUAUUGCUGUGAGCAGUCUAAGUACAUUUUGGGUCCAAGCAGUUGUAUCUAUUUAUUCAAUGUUUUUCGAGCAAUACAGUAAUACAGGCUCAGGAGAAAAUACUAUGCCUAUGUACAUGUAGCGGUUUAUAAAUGCACAGUGAUAUAACAAUUUCAUUUCUAUAUAGUACAUGUAAUGUGAUAUCCCAUAGUUGAACUGCUAAAGUUAGGCUUUUGGGAUUAUGUUGGGUACUAGAGUUUUCAAAUACAUUGUACGUAAGACAUAGUCCUAUUUUAGUCAUGCUGGAAAUUUAAAGAUUUUAUUUGCAAAUUAUUAUUGUUUUAAGUUAUGAAUAUGGUGCCAUGUACAUGUUAAGGAAAUGCAAUACAUUUUACCCACUGUGACCAAACAUGCUUAAGAGACUUAGAUGUAAGUUUGGUGGAGUAUGAUUGAAUACAAGAUGUUUGAUAUAGAAAUCAUAUGUUUGAUGAUAUAUUAUAUCAUAUAACACUGUACAUGGCUGUCUCCAGGAUGUACCACUGAUGUUGUGGAGGGGGGGGGGGUGUAUGUAUUGCAAUCAUUGGAAAGCAUUAACCAUAUUGUGUUACAAUGGAAAAGUCAAAAUUUGAUUCAAUUGUAAUUUGGAAGCAAAUUUUGCUCAUUUUAAUUUGCUUUUACAUUUGUCAUCUUAGCUCAGCAAAUAUAUUUUCGUAUCCUAAAGUUCAACUUUUUGGAUGGACGGGUACUAAUUUUUUUUCCGUCUCAACCAGCAUAUUUUUAUUUCGGAAUGGAGGAAUAGGUCCUAGAGACAGAGCCCUGUUACAGUCACAUGGAUGUUUGUUGCAAAGAUUUUCAUCCAGGUUUGACCAACAUUCAAUGUAUCUGUUGUUUUGAUCCAAGUUCUAAGCAUAUUCUAUGAUGAUGAAGAUGAUGAUUCUCUGAAUACUGUAAAUGCAUUUAAGUUUGCGGGGAUUAAAGUUCGCGGUAGCGGGAAAAGGGACUUUUCGCUGUGGUUUUAAGUUCACGGUUAUUGUAGCACCAUGCACUGUAGUCUCUUACUGCCAUGGAAAAAUGUUCGCGGUGGUUUUAAGUUUGCGGUGAAGCAGCCACCGCGAAAACCGAGAACAUUAAACCACUGCCAAAGGUUUCUGCCUUUAAUACAGUAAUUUUAAUUUUUGCCUUCAUCAGUGACCUUUGACCCUUGCGGCAAAAUUUGUAGUACCGGUAGUUACAUUGUUUUGUAUAUGUUAACCUAGUAUCAUCAACCAUUCAAGUUUCCUCAGUUGUAGUACUGUCAUGGUUAGAACAUAGCCAAACAAGGCAGUAUUUUAUCAGAGAUAGCACUUCACCCCCAUACCCAUAUGUCUCUGUGACUAUUCUAGUUGUGCAACACAAAUUGAGAGAAUUUUGAAGACCACAGCAUUUGUGAAAUAAGUGAAAUAUCGUUAUAGAUUGUGAUUUAUGUUGUAAAAUAAGUUGGAAAGAAUUCUUUUAGUAGACAUGAAUUUUUGGUCACCUUUUGAUAAUGGCCUUACACAGUAUUGGUAUGCUUCUAGAUGGUGUUUCAGUGAUGUUUUUGACCACUUUUAUUAGCAUGUUCCCUGCCGGUGUAUCAUCCAUUCAUUUGACAUCACAUAAUAAACAGGAGGUUUAAAAUGAAAUAAAAAUGGUAUCUCA